AUGGAGAGCUUGAAUUCAGUUAUAGGCAGCAAUGAACAAAUAAAGGAAUCACAUGUUAUAAAUGCAUCAGACAAUGAUUUUGGGGAAGAAGGAAUGGACGAAGUUAGCUUGAUUCCUUUUCAAUCACCAGGUGGUGGUAUGUAUUGGAAACCUCGGGUUGAAGCUGAAUUUAAACCUUAUCUAAACCAAAGCUUCCGAUCACUAGAGGAUGGUAUAGAGUUUUACCGAGAGUAUGGACGUAAAAGUGGGUUUGAGAUCAGACGGCAUACGGAGAAGAAACAUGAGGAUGAUACAGUUCUUCUUAAACACAUUCUUUGUAGUAGAGCUGGCAGCAAUGAAUCAAAGAUGGAUGUUGAUUUUGAGGAUUUUAGUAGCAUUUCGAAAAAGAGAAGGAGAACUGUAUCUAGUAGAUGUGGUUGCAAAGCUAAAGUCAUUUUUAAGUUCGAUGGUUUGAAAGGAUAUAAUGUUCUCUCAUUCGUUGAAGAGCAUUCUCAUUUUUUGGUGUCCGGGAGUGGGAAACAAUUUUUGAAGUCAAAUAGAGUUCUGGGUCUCACACAUAAGAAACUUAUAUUUGAUGGUGCAAAAGCCAACAUGGGGCCUAACAAAACAUAUAACUUUGCUAAGGAGUUGUAUGGAAGUUAUUCUAAUGUUGGUACUACAUGUACCGAGUUUAAAAAUUGGAGUAGGGAUGUGAAGCUUUAUAUUGUUGAUGAAGGGUGUCGAUUAACUCGCAUUUUUGGGGCAGAUAUUAUUGGACGAAGAAAUUACGAUGUAUUUGGAGAUGUGAUAUCAUUUGACUCUACAUAUUCCACAAACAAGUACAACAUGAAGUUUGUUCCAUUCACUUGGCUCGACAAUUAUAAGAAGUGUGUUGUAUUUGCAGCAAGAUUGAUAGCUAAAGAGGACAUUGAUAACUAUGUCUGGAUUUUUGAGGUAUUCAUGAAAUGCAUGAUUCGCGAGCCAAAGUGUAUUGUUACAGAUCAGUGCCCUGCCAUGAAGCAAGCUAUACUAACCAUCUUUAGAGAAGCACGUCACCGUUUGUACAUGUGGCACAUCAUGAAGAAAUUUAACCAAAAGUUGGCAAAAUGCAUUUCGAAGAUGGAUGAUUUCAAUAGGAAGAUAAAUGUACUAAUUUGGAGUAUAGAUAUAGAUCCAGCAACAUUUGAAGUAGGUUGGAAAGAUGUUAUGAAAGAAUUUAAGCUUGAAACCUAUUAUGUUGAUGAUCCAAUGGCUGAAUUAUUACGUACUACAUCAAUAUCAGAGAGUGAGACAGUUUCUUUGACAAAUUCAACCGUAGACCUGACACAUUGA